GGGCAGGGUUGCCAGGGGCAAGGGGGGGCGCCGGCCCAGCUGACUGGCAGGCGGCGAGGGGGCAACCUGGCCGCCGUUUAGAAACAGCAGUUGGCUCCUCCUGGUCUUUGCCCGCCUGACGCGGAGACCCUGGGAGCGCGCGAGGCGAGCGGUCGCGGGCUGUUGCACCGCCGCGGAGACUCUGGGACCGCCGGGUACCCGAGAGCGAGCCCAGCAUGUCGCUGCCUCCGGAGAAGGCGUCUGAACUGAAGCAGCUCAUCCACCAGCAGCUGAGCAAGAUGGAUGUCCAUGGCAGGAUAAGAGAAAUCCUUGCUGAAACUAUACGGGAAGAAUUGGCACCUGAUCAACAACAGUUAUCAACGGAAGAUUUGAUCAAAGCCCUUAGACGCCGGGGAAUCGUUGAUGAUGUGAUGAAAGAACUUAAUUUUGUUACUGAUAAUGUUGAUCAAGAACUCCCUUCCUCUCCAAAACAAUCUGUUUGCAUUACUGACAGACAGUCAACACUGUUAAAAAAAACUAAUAUUGAUCCAACACGGAGGUAUCUUUACCUUCAGGUUUUGGGUGGAAAAGCUUUCUUGGAACACCUGCAAGAACCCGAGCCUUUACCAGGACAACCUUGUUCAACUUUUACUUUAUGUUUACAUUUUCGAAACCAACGUUUUCGUUCUAAACCUGUUCCAUGUGCCUGUGAACCAGAUUUUCAUGAUGGCUUUUUACUUGAAGUACACAGAGAAAACUUAGGUGAUGGAACUAGAAUGGCUGAUUCAACAACAAUGUUAUCAAUAAGUGACCCAGUUCACAUGGUGCUAAUCAAAACAGACAUAUUUGCUGAGACCACUUUAGUAGCAUCCUAUUUUCUUGAAUGGCGAUCAGUUUUGGGCUCAGAAAAUGGAGUAACCAAUCUUACUGUGGAACUUAUGGGUGUAGGUACAGAAUCAAAAGUUUCUGUGGGGAUUUUAAAUAUAAAACUUGAGAUGUACCCACCACUCAAUCAAACAUUAUCUCAGGAAGUAGUGAACACGCAACUUGCUUUGGAACGUCAGAAAACUGCAGAGAAAGAGAGGUUAUUUCUUGUAUAUGCUAAGCAGUGGUGGAGAGAAUAUUUGCAAAUUCGACCCUCACACAACUCACGGCUGGUUAAGAUUUUUGCACAGGAUGAAAAUGGGAUAAAUAGACCCGUCUGUUCUUAUGUUAAACCACUUCGAGCUGGGAGGCUUCUGGAUACUCCAAGGCAGGCAGCAAGAUUUGUUAAUGUCCUUGGUUACGAAAGAGCCCCUGUUAUCGGAGGAGGAGGUAAACAGGAACAGUGGUGCACUCUGCUGGCCUUUCUCUGUAGAAACAAGGGUGACUGUGAAGACCAUGCUAACCUUCUCUGCAGCCUCCUUCUUGGGUACGGGCUGGAAGCCUUUGUCUGUGUUGGGACUAAGGCCAAAGGAGUGCCCCAUGCAUGGGUUAUGACGUGUGGGACUGAUGGAACCAUCACCUUUUGGGAGAGUUUAACAGGACACAGGUAUAUCCACAAACCUACCAAUCCUGAUGAACCUCCAGCUGCUGAACAGCCUAAACCAUUGUAUCCAUAUAAAACAGUUGGCUGUGUUUUCAAUCAUCAGAUGUUCCUAGGAAAUUGUCAGCCCUCUGACUCAGUAGAAAGCUGUGUAUUUGAUUUGAAUGAUGAGUCCAAGUGGAAACCCAUGAGUGAAGAAGCAAUUAAAUCCGUGUGUGCUCCGGGGGCUACAACGUCCCUUCCCCCCUUCCCCCCGCUAUGCGCGUCCACGAUCGAUGCUUCUGUAACAAGCAAUGAAAUUGAAAUGCAACUGAGGCUACUUGUAUCAGAACACAGGAAGGAUCUUGGCCUCACUACUGUGUGGGAAGACCAGCUUUCCUAUCUCUUAUCACCAGCUCUGGCUGCUUAUGAAUUUGAGCGUACAACAAGUAUAUCUGCAGGCAACGAGGAGUUUCAAGAUGCCAUAAGGAGGGCUGUGCCUGAUGGGCACACGUUUAAAGGGUUCCCAAUACACUUUGUGUAUAGAAAUGCAAGGCGUGCGUUUGCCACAUGUCUUCGGUCUCCUUUCUGUGAAGAAAUAAUCUGUUGCCGUGGAGACCAGGUGCGACUGGCAGUUCGUGUCCGAGUGUUUACUUACCCUGAAUCUGCAUGUGCUGUUUGGAUCAUGUUUGCUUGUAAAUAUCGCUCUGUACUAUAGGAGUAACAUUUAUAUUCUGUAAGAAUAUACCUGGGAGUUCUCUUGUGGCUCAGUGGGUUAAGAAACCAGCGUUGUCACUGCAGUGGGCCAGGUUACUACUAUGGCACAGGUUCAGUCCCUGGUGUCCGGGGAACUUGCACAUGCCAAGGGUGUGGACAAAAAAAAAAAAUAUAUACCUGUGUUUCAUUUGAAUUUUACACAUUGUACCUCACUAGCUGUAUAGAGCUUCAUUAUUUUAAAAGUCACAAUCUGUCUUGGAUGUCAUGUUUCACUUUUAUAUGUAUUUGACUAAUAAUGUUUGAAAAAGAUCAUGAUGUGUGUAUUUAAAAUUUAGGGAUGAAAACUUUAUACAUCUGAGUGAAAUUUAGUAUAAAUUAAAUAUAUAUCCUAUUUUAAUAAAUGUUAAUUUGUUUAUAGGUAGUAGUUUAAAUAUGAAUAUAAAAUUUGCUCAGUUUUCAUUACAUUAACAGGUAAUCAGAAAGAUAUUUGUCUAAGGGUUUGAGCCAUAGUAAAAUUAAUAUUUUUCAUAGAUUAAUGGAUUAUUUUAUAUAAAUUAGGAAAAUUAACUUCAUAACAGAUUUAUUACAUAGGUGAAAAUACAUUUUGAUGAAUUAUUUUGUAGUUUAUUCAUAACCAUAGGGAUAUUAUAACUUUCCAGAGAUGUAUGGAAAGGCGUGGAUGCAGGAGUAGGAAAAAAACUAGUACCAGAAAAGCAUAAAUAUUAAUAACAAAACAAACCUCACAUGAAGGUACACGAAUAAUUUAUAAAUAAUUUGUUAGUUUGAGUCAUUAUAAAAGUGAAUUGGGUAUCUUAUUAUUUUUUUUUGUCUUUUUUAUUUGUUUAUUUUUGUCUUUUUUAGGGCUACACCCAUGCACAUG